CGCCCGGCGCGUCUGGGGCGGAGACUUGCACUCUCUCCCCGGCUCCUGUUCUGCGUUUACGGGGCUUAGGGGUGUGAGGAGUAGUUUGAGGCCGGAGAGGCGCUUGGCAGCACCCCUUCCUCUCUUUGCCAGCGGGCGGAGGCGCGUUGUUGCCGUUGCGGAGCCGUUUGGAAUUCGGCCUCCGACGCGGAUGGUUCUUGAGAACGCCAGAGUGGAAAUCCCCUUGUUUCCCUUCAGCAUUGUUCAGUUCUCUUUUGAGCCCUUUUCACCCAUCUUUACUGAGGAGAUGAACAAAAGGAUGAGGAUGAAAUGGACAGAGAUGUCAACAGUCUAUGCUGGGCCAUUUAGCAAAAAUUGCAACCUCAGGGCUCUGAAGAGGCUGUUUAAGAGCUUUGGCCCAAUCCGGUCAAUGACUCUUGUUCUUGAAACCCACCAGCCUCAUCUCUGUAUACAGUAUGAAGUCCUGAAAGCUGCCCAGCUGGCCUUAGAAUCCUUGGAUGGCAUUCUGGUAGAAAGUACCUCUAUCAAGCACUCAUGGUUCACUCUCUGGCCUAGGACUGAUGGGAAUAAAAGAUGAAGAGGAAAGCACCACUGGGAGCUUGUGUUCGUGAAUCUGUGCUCCACUUCCCAUGUGCCAUUUCUUAUCCCUCGUGGGCAAUGGCAGUGAGUAUGGUCAGGCUGUGGCCUCUCCAGAGGCUGCCAGGCCUCUCCAACCAGAAGACAGCUUUUGUGGGAACUUGGUGCACCAGCUAAGGAGUUUAGUUCAUUUAUAUGGCAUGUGUGAAUUUUUAAUAAAUGCCUAAAAUUCAA